CUUCUGGAACGCGGAGCCGCUGAGCGGGCCGGCGGCCAUUUUGUGAAGCCGCGAAGGAGGUGUUGGCGGCGGUGGGCUCCGGGAAGCCGUUCGGGCUGGGGCUGUCGGCCGCGGGGCGGAGGCACUCGCGCGGGGGGUAACUCAGGUCUGGGUUCUGGUGCCGCGCAGUUCUCCCCGGAUUGACUUGGCCUCUACUUCUUGUUAAGAAAAUACAUCUCUUGUUUUAUCAGGUGUGUGUGGUUUCAGCGCAGCAUGGCUGUGGUCAUCCGUUUGCAAGGUCUCCCAAUUGUGGCGGGGACCAUGGACAUUCGCCACUUCUUCUCUGGAUUGACCAUCCCUGAUGGGGGCGUGCAUAUUGUAGGGGGUGAACUGGGUGAGGCUUUCAUCGUUUUUGCCACUGAUGAAGAUGCAAGGCUUGGUAUGAUGCGCACAGGUGGUACAAUUAAAGGGUCAAAAGUAACACUGUUGUUGAGUAGUAAAACGGAAAUGCAGAAUAUGAUUGAACUGAGUCGUAGGCGUUUUGAAACUGCCAACUUAGAUAUACCACCAGCAAAUGCUAGUAGAUCAGGACCACCACCUAGCUCAGGAAUGAGUGGCAGGGUAAACUUGCCUACAACAGUACCCAACUUUAAUAAUCCUUCACCUAGUGUAGUUACUGCCACCACUUCUGUUCAUGAAAGCAACAAAAACAUACAGACAUUUUCGACAGCCAGCGUAGGAACAGCUCCUCCAAAUAUGGGGGCUUCUUUUGGGAGCCCAACGUUUAGCUCAACUGUUCCAAGUACAGCCUCUCCAAUGAACACAGUCCCACCGCCACCAAUUCCUCCAAUCCCAGCAAUGCCAUCUUUGCCACCAAUGCCGUCCAUUCCCCCAAUACCAGUUCCUCCUCCAGUACCUACAUUGCCUCCUGUGCCUCCUGUGCCCCCAAUUCCCCCAGUCCCUUCUGUGCCACCCAUAACCCCACUGCCACCCAUGUCGGGCAUGCCACCCUUGAAUCCACCACCUGUGGCACCUCUCCCUGCUGGAAUGAAUGGCUCUGGAGCACCUGUGAAUCUGAACAAUAACCUGAACCAUAUGUUUCUGGGUCCAUUGAAUCCUGUUAAUCCUAUCCAGAUGAACUCUCAAAACAGUGUGAAGCCACUUCCCAUCAACCCUGAUGAUCUCUACGUCAGUGUGCAUGGAAUGCCCUUUUCUGCCACAGAAAAUGAUGUCAGAGAUUUUUUCCAUGGGCUCCGUGUUGAUGCAGUACAUUUGUUGAAAGAUCAUGUAGGUCGAAAUAAUGGGAAUGGAUUGGUUAAGUUUCUCUCCCCUCAAGAUACAUUUGAAGCUUUGAAACGCAAUAGAAUGCUGAUGAUUCAACGCUAUGUGGAAGUUAGCCCUGCCACAGAAAGACAGUGGGUAGCUGCUGGAGGCCAUAUCACUUUUAAGCAAAAUAUGGGACCUUCUGGACAAACACAUCCACCUCCUCAGACAGUUCCCAGGUCAAAAUCGCCCAGUGGGCAGAAAAGGUCAAGGUCAAGAUCACCACAUGAGGCUGGGUUUUGUGUUUACUUGAAAGGGCUACCAUUUGAAGCAGAAAACAAACAUGUCAUUGAUUUUUUUAAAAAGUUGGAUAUUGUGGAAGAUAGUAUUUACAUAGCUUAUGGACCCAACGGGAAAGCUACUGGUGAAGGCUUUGUAGAGUUCAGGAAUGAGGCUGACUAUAAGGCUGCUUUGUGUCGUCAUAAACAGUACAUGGGCAAUCGCUUUAUUCAAGUUCAUCCAAUUACUAAGAAAGGUAUGCUAGAAAAGAUAGAUAUGAUUCGAAAAAGACUUCAGAACUUCAGCUAUGACCAGAGGGAAAUUAUAUUAAAUCCAGAGGGGGAUGGCAACUCUGGCAAAAUCUGUGCCCAUAUAACAAAUAUUCCAUUCAGCAUUACCAAGAUGGAUGUUCUUCAGUUUCUAGAAGGAAUCCCAGUGGAUGAAAAUGCUGUACAUGUUCUUGUUGAUAACAGUGGGCAAGGUCUAGGACAGGCAUUGGUUCAGUUUAAAAAUGAAGAUGAUGCACGUAAGUCUGAACGCUUACACCGUAAGAAACUUAAUGGGAGAGAAGCUUUUGUUCACAUAGUUACCCUAGAAGACAUGAGAGAGAUUGAGAAAAAUCCCCCAGCCCAAGGAAAGAAGGGAUUAAAGAUGCCUGUGCCAGGUAAUCCUGCAAUACCAGGAAUGCCUGGUGCAGGAUUGCCUGGUGCUGGACUGCCCGGUGCUGGAAUACCUGGUGCAGGACUGCCCGGUGCUGGAAUGCCCGGUGCAGGAAUGCCUGGUGUGGGAAUCCCUGGUGCGGCAAUGCCCGGUGCGGGACUGCCUGGUGCAGGACUACCCGGUGCAGGAAUGCCCGGUGCAGGAAUGCCCACUGCAGGAGGUGAAGAGCAUGCCUUCCUGACUGUUGGAUCAAAGGAGGCCAACAAUGGGCCUCCAUUUAACUUUCCUGGUAGUUUUGGUGGGUCAAAUGCCUUUGGGCCACCACUUCCUCCUCCAGGAUUAGGAGGGGCCUUUGGUGAUGCUAGGCCCAGUAUGCCUUCAGUUGGAAACAGUGGUUUGCCUGGUCUAGGACUGGAUGUUCCAGGUUUUGGAGGUGGACCAAGUAAUUUAAGCGGGCCAACAGGAUUUGGAGGGGGCCCUCAGAAUUUUGGAAAUGGCCCUGGUGGUUUAGGUGGUCCCCCAGGUUUUGGAAGUGGCCCUCCUGGUCUUGGAGGUGCCCCUGGGCAUUUGAGUGGGCCACCAGCUUUUGGGCCUGGGCCCGGGCCUGGGCCUGGCCCAAUCCAUAUUGGUGGUCCCCCUGGCUUUGGAUCUAGUUCUGGAAAACCAGGACCCACAGUAAUUAAAGUUCAGAACAUGCCCUUUACCGUGUCUAUUGAUGAGAUUUUAGAUUUCUUUUAUGGUUAUCAAGUAAUCCCAGGCUCAGUGUGUUUAAAAUACAAUGAAAAAGGUAUGCCCACAGGUGAAGCCAUGGUGGCCUUUGAGUCUCGGGAUGAAGCUACAGCUGCUGUCAUUGAUUUAAAUGACAGGCCUAUAGGCUCAAGAAAAGUAAAACUUGUAUUAGGGUAGCCAUUCAUAUAAAUUCUUUAUAGAUCUUCAUAUUGCUGUGAUUAAUGCAUCCAGAUUGUUUAGUAUUUCCAGGUUAGAACCUGUGGAUUGUUUCAUUUGCAUAUAGAUUGGUUUCCAUAACAUAGAGCAUUGGUUGACUGUUUAUAGAAGACUCACUACAGGAUAAACGUUGCUAUAUGUUACAGUAAAGCUAUCUGGAGAGAACACAAAAAUGAUUUUGGCAUACCAUUAGAGAAAACAUUUGUAAAACUCAAAUGACCACAUGAAGCUUAUCAAGGAGUCUAGAUUGGUUUUGUUUUAUACCAUAUGGGAUGAAGAAAAUAGAAAGUAGAGCUCAUUGAGGGUGUGGCUCUUGCCAGCUGCUGAAAAAUAGAAGUUGGCUACUUGGAAUUUGGUUUAAAGCUGGACAGAUUUGAUUUGUUAUAGGGUAAAACUUUGUCUAAAGUCUUCAUUUUCUUUAAAAGUUGAAUAAAAUCUCUGUAUACAGAUUCAUUGUAUGUACCUUUAUUGCUUCUUGAGGGUUCUUGCUGUAUAGACAGUCCUGCUUCAGAAGUUGCUGCUUUGUUUGCCUAAUUGACUCAUUUGUAAAUGAGCAGAACUGUUUUGUUGCUAUUUUUUCCUAAAUACAAAACUCCACACGUGGUAUUGUGCUACAAUUUUGAACUUUGAUUUCUAAUGUCAUACUUAGAACUGUGUGGAAUAAGACUUCUGUCAUAAAAAUAAACUAUAGAGUCCU